UCUGCACUUGUUCCCGUCUCCUCCUCCGCCCCACUGAAAUCCGUCCCAGCGCGGCACACCGACGCACGCACAAACACUGAUGACAACGAAAACUAUUCGAGUUAUAUCUAACAUAACGCUUUUAAGCUUGACAAAAAUACCAAAAUAGCAAAGAAAAGAUGUUCCGAGCGAUGGAGCCGUUCGAGAGCGAGAAGCUUCAACUCCAAGAGCUCAACCAAAGACUCAGCCAGUACUUACUUCGAUCAAAACAGUUGGAGCAAGAAAACGCCUGUUUGACGAGCGAAAUCAAUUCAAUCCGACAAAACCGCUCUGGAGAAUGGGACAACAAACACAUGUCAGAGUUACGGGACAUGAGAAGACUGAUGGAGCGCCUGUCCUUUGAGAAAUGCAGAGCGGAGAUGGAGCGAGAGAAACUGCGCAGUGAACUCCAGAUGCUUCAGGCGAUGCGCUCGGAUGAGGCUGCGGUGAGCAAAAGCAUCGAUACCGACGUUAAAGUGUGGGAGAGGGAGCUCCACCACUCUCUUCAGACAAACGUCGGGCUGGAGGAUCGGCUCAUUCAGCUCGAAAACGAGUACAAGUUUUUGGAAGGUGCCCACAGGACAGAAGUGAACCAUCUACGGGAUCAGGUGCGCUCCCGGGCCGUGCGCGUAGUCACGCAAACGUAUCACGCUCCUCCGGUUACGAUGGAAGAGAUGCAGCACUAUGCUGCUAACUUUACCGAGAGCUGUCAGGAGACCUUGGACAUGUAUCGGUUACAGGUGAACGAGAUCGAGGAGUCUAUUAAAGCCGAUCAGGCGAUGCUGCAGGACAUUCAGCGGGAGAAGAAGGAACACGCUGCGCAGUUUAAUAGGCUGCGCGAAGAGAUCAAGAACCAGACGCAAGUGCAGCUGCACCUUGAGGAGAAGCUCAUGAACACGCAAGAACAAUUCAGAGCUGAAGUCAAUCAGUAUCAGGGUAUUAUUGAGGAUCUGGAGUAUGAGCGCAGACUGCUCUCCAACACUAUAUCAGAGAAGCUAAAGGACCAUCAGGAUCUCUUACAGGUCAAGAUGGGUCUCGCUCUGGAAGUGGCUGCGUACAGGGCACUUUUAGAAGAAGAAGGAAGACACGCUCAGAUGUGGUCCAGUCAGCACUCAAGAGAAAGAACAAUAGAUAUAAAAAUGCCACCCCAUCCCUAUACUCCAAGAGUAUCCACUAUGCCAGCAAGUUUGCUCAAUUCAAGAAAACAGUUUGCAGGAUAUGAUGUUAAAUACAUGGAGCCAAAUUCCAGCAUGAGAACUUCAGCUGUUUCAAGUCAGUUUCAUUCUCAAGUGCCCUCCAGGAUAGUCCCCAUCUCUAUAUCAAAUCGUGCCCAGCAAAGUCCAGUAUCAAGAAGAGACAUGAUUGCUUUUACCAAAGCAGCGCAGGCAGCUGCAAAACCUAAUGUCUCUUCUCUUGCUACAAAGAGAGAAAUAGAUGUCGGAAUUAAGAGAAAGGAGGUUUCACAGCUUUCUUCAAAAAGCCUAGCUGAUCACUCACUGCCCAGAAUUGGAAAUACGUCGAGCUCUCCUGCUUUACAAACCGCACAACCGAAGCCACUGAAAGUGGUAUCACCUACCAUAAGCAAGAGAGAAGACACCGUUGAAGAAAGCCACCAGAAAGAACCGAAGAGAAUGGAGUCCAGACAAGAUACAUACCAAACAAAGACAACAACGAAGGAAGAAAACCAGCAUGUCAAAGUAAAAGAGUCAAUAGGUAAAGAUGAGAAAGAUUUGAAAGGCCAACAGAGAGAUGUUAGAGAAACAGACAGAGCCAAAGCAACUGUGAAAGAAGAAACACAUCACAUCCAAAUGAAAGAAUUCAAAGGUAAAGAUGAGAGAGAGUCUGAAAAUGUAGAGCCUAAGGUAUUUGUAGGUAAGGAAAAAGUAUUAGAUGCAGUUUCCAUGGAAGAUAUAAUUCAGCAGGUGAUGAAACCUGCUGGUUUGGAUCCUAAGGUUUGCUCAUCCCCUGACUCCAGAAUCACAUACCAUGUGGAGAAAACUGAGCAAGAGGAUGGAACCACCAAAACUCAGAUUGUCUUGCAAUCUAAAGUGGAGGAGGAGCUAGACCUGGAGGAAGAUUCAGCCCUAGAGGAAUUCCUCAGCAAGGGAGUCAAGAAAAUCACCCUGGAGAACAUUAAAGGAACCCCAACGGGAAACAUGAUCCAGAACCUGCUGAGUCUUGGUCUUGAAGGAGAGAGUAUGGAAAACAGGACUGUGAAUGUGGAGAUAAUAGAAGAACCGGUCGAGUCUGAGAGUGAUGAGGGUGAAAUUGAAAUAGGGGAGACUAUGGAGAUGAAAUCUAAACCAAAGAUCAAACCUUCUUCAAUGUUCUUCCAAAUCGAGGAGCUGGAAAGUGACACAAAGCCUCAUGGGGAAAAACCUGAGAUGAAAGUCGAGAACAGCUCUGUGAAGGUUCAAGAAGUAACCAGAGAGGAAACUUUACCGUAUUUCUCCCACGGUCAAGAGUCGCAAGAAUACUUUGUGUCCACACCUGAGGACAAUAUGUCUGAAUCAGAUGAGGGGGGGAGGUUUAUGUCUUAUUCUCAUUAUGGCGUCGUGGAUGAUCUAUCCGAUGAGAGAUAUUAUCAGGAAGAGGAGCUCAAGAUGCCCACAGCUGAGGGCCACAGUUACAGAGAUUCGCCUGAGUACGACGACCACUCAUUUAGCAUCCCCGAAUGCAUCGAGGAGGAGGUGCAUGUCUCUCCAACACUGCAACAAUCCAUUGUGGGGAUCCUAAGAGAGGAAUCAUUAAGUCCAGAACAACAGCUUCGAGGAGCUAUAGAACAAAUCCAAGAGACUGUUUCUGGAGCCUUAAAGGAAGAACUUGCAUUUUUCACAAAAGGAAGAGAGACGCCUGAAAACGUCUCCGUGGACAUUACGAACAAUGGAACCAUGACCAUUGUGGCAGAGCUUAACGUUUCUCAGACGCUGGAGGAGUCCGGGCUGCUCGAGGAACAAGAAGAUCCAUCUGAAGAUCAGAUAAUGGCAGCGCUGAGCUCCGCACACCCAAGUCUCCAGCAGGCCCUGAGCACUGGAGCCGGAAAGGGAUACACUAUGAAAGUGUCCCGAGAGGAGAUUCAAACAGAGGGAAUGCCGUUGAUGACAAGCGAAGAAGAGAUCAGAUCCUGGAGUCCAACUGAUGAGGUCAGCAAAACAGAGAAACACAUCAAGCUGGGUCCUACUGAGAGAUCCUUCACUUUUAAGAUGGAUGUGAACAACGGCUCUUCAGCAUCGGCAAGUGGAGGAGUCAGUGAAGCUCAAUCGCAAAGAGGAACAUCAGAGUUUCUGCAGACCCAGAUGAUUGACCCCCAUUUGAAGGUCUGCCACGAGAAAAGAAUCGCAACUGUUUAUCUCGAAAGUCCCAAAGAUGACUAAGCUGAUGGGAGGAACAUUCGCAAAUAUGUUACGAAUUAAAAUAUCAAUGCCAAUUAUAAAGAAGAAACAAAAUGUGGACAAAAGUAACAGGAUGUGGUUGACACGAAUCAAAAAUCCACAAUUCUCUUAUUUUCUGUUAUAUAUAGUAUGACAAAGGGCAAGUACUUUGGUAUAACCUUGACUAUAUAUAUAUUUUUAAACUACCUGGAAUGUUUAUUUAGCUUCAAUUAUAUGCAGCAGGCUUGCUUGAAGUACAUAAGGUUAGAAACAGAUAGACAUUUUUUCAAUGAAUGUCAUUUCAUCAUCUUACAAAAAUAUGAAAGUAAGAAGUAUCUGUGACACUGACAAAACAAGCAUUGUACGUUUCAAGGAACAGUACAAAACCACUUUGUGGCAAAGAUCUUAAAGUGACAGUUAACUCAAAAUGAAAAUUAUGUCACAGUUUGAUCAUCUUAUUGUCAUUUCAAACCUGUAUCACUUACUUUUUUUCCACAAAAAACACAAAAGAUCAUUUAAAGAACGUUGGUAACUGGCGCUCAUUCACUUGCAUUGGUUUUGUGAAUUGGGUGCCGGCGCUGUUCGGUUACCAACUUCUUCAGAUAUCUUCUUUCGUGUUCUGCAGGAGAAAGCCAUUCAGGUUUGAAAUGACAAGAGGGUGAGCAAAUGAUGACAGAAUUUUCUUUUUAUUUGGGUGAACUAUCCCUUUAAGAUAUUUUAGUAGCAAAUAUUUGUGGCAACACAUAAAAUGUGUGAAGUGGGAUCUACGUUUAGCCCCAGUCACAGUGUGCAGCUCUUCUCAGGCUGGGAAAUUCCAUACUGUCCUUCCCGUCUCCCGGAGAUCUCUUAAUCCUUAAAUGACAUUAGACCAGCAAUGACUAAUCUAGCAGUUCUCUUGCAGGACGACACAUUUCUCAUCGCUCUGGUUACGUACAGAGAGACAAAAAGGGAGGAAGAGAACAGGAGAGUAAUUGUAGAAACCUCACAUUGGAAAUAAGUGCAAGGCAGCUUACACAGAAGUGUGUAAGUGCUUCAGGAAUAGCUAGUGAAGUGCUGUUAAGUCUGUGUCACAGCCUAUUACUCAGAAUGAGGAUUCACCUCCAUUAAAGGAGCAUGUCUAAUGAGUGGCUAUUUUUAGAAUUCAUACUCUGUCUUAAAACCUUUUAUACACACCUCACAGUAAAGCAGUGUAGCGGCUUUAGACUAAAGCUGUAAAAACCAUUUAAUCUAUUUUUGUAAUACCUUCAUACAUUUUGUUUUAUCUUUAGAUUGAUAUCAAAGAUAUUUACAUUCAUGUUCAUGUGAUGGUAAUAAUGGUUGGGCAUACUGUAAAUGUAUGUGUGGUGGGUAUAUGAUGUAAUAGAAUGAGAAGGUAUGUGCUUGUCACUAUCAUUUAAUUUCAUUUAAUUCGUUUUCAAGCAUUUAUUUUCAAGUAUCCUUUUCACAUCUUCAUAAAGCUUUAUUCAAAUCUACAGGAUCCAUCAGAAAGAGAAUAUGUUAACAUACAAAUGGUAGAAAAUAUGGAUAUUAUGAAUAGAUGAUAGUUAUGCUUCCUCAUCCAUAAAUAUUUUAGCUUUGAGUGAGAUGUCUUUCAGCACCAAAUAUCUUUAAAUAUAUGUCGGGUUGUACGACUGUGUGAACACUGUGUAUGUGCAUGUAUGCUGUCCUAACAGAUUUACUGUAUGCUGUUCAACAUGCACGAUCAUAGCAAUGACUGUUUUGCUUUGACAGACCACAAUCGCAAAAGGGAUGUUUUGUAUGCUGUUUUACUCUUAAGAUAAGGUCUGCUCAGCUGUCUAAAGACUGAUUUACAACUAAAUAAACAAAUUCUUACAGACA